UUAACUAUUUUUGACUUUAAGAGAUAAAGGAUGCUUAAGUUCUAGUUGCUACUUAACUUAAAAGGUACUUAGAAUACUAUAUAAAAGGUUCAAAUAGCAGCUGAUACAUAAAUAUUUUCAAGAGUUAGACAAUUAUGUCAAGGAUUGUUUUGUUGUGUAUCAUAAUAUAAUCAAAUUUUCACAGAAUAUAAAGUUUAAAUGGAUUAUGGAUAGCGUGACCAUUAAGGGUUUUAAGUUUCGUCGAAACAGCAGUCUUCCUACUACUGGUCUGUUAACAAACAGUUUACCUACUUUUAGUCUACCUAACAGCAGUCCAUCUGCCAGCAGUCUACCUAACAGCAGUCCAUCUGCCAGCAGUCUACCUAAUAAAAGUAUACCUACAAUCAAUCUUCCUACUAGCAGUAUAUUAAACAACAGUUUACCUAUAAAGAGUAAUGAAAAUAAAUGGUUGCAGAAAAUAAAUAGCUAUGAUAGUGGCAUCAUAAAAAAACAGGUGGCUAGGAUAUCCCCUCUUGUUGCACCAAAUAAUUUAGCAAAUUCAUUAGAGAAAGUCAUUCAUAAUAAAGAUGAAAGAGCUGAAAAAAUGCCAGCAACUGUUAUUGAUUUAACAGAUGACAUUGGAUCUAGUCAAGUUACAAAUGUUUCAUCGGCAAAUGAUAAUCAAAAUAUUAUAAAAGAAAACUUUAAAUACUCCAUUGAUACUCACAAGGAGUUUCUUGAUAAUUUAUCACUUGGUCGGUCCAACCAAGUUUUAGCUAAUGAUGUACCAAAAAGUUCAUUUAUUGAUCGAGUUAAUGACAAACUUUGUGAUAAAUCUACAAAAAAUAAGUGGAGGUAUAAUAUAGUUGUUAAUGACAUAAAUAAACCUGUCAAUCAUUAUUUUCCUUCACCAAAUCAAGUUAUCAAUAGAUAUCAAGAUGAUGAUAUCAAGAUAUCGCCAUCUAAUAAUGAAAUAAAGAAAAAUGAAAUGUUUUCAAAUUUAGGGACUUCUUUUAAAAAAUCUGAACUUGAUAGGGAUGACUUGAAAUUAUCUGGUGAUACCAGUGAUUCAAGUAGUACAGCAUCAGUUAAAUAUUCAGUUAAUUCUAAAACUAUAUCUAAAAGAAAAAAUAAGAGAAAAUUUAUGAGACGAACAAGCUGUUUACAAAGUGACGACUCAGAUUUUGAAAUGAGUUUAAAUGAAAACUCCAAAAAUAUUGAAAACUCUUCUUCAAGAAAAAAUUCUACUUCAAGCUUGCUUACUUUGAGUUUGACAAAAAAUAUUUCUGAAAAUGGAUAUCCAAAAAUAACACAAAUAACACCAAAUCCAAAAAUAACAACUCCACUAAUUUCAAAAACUCCUUGUUCUUCUCAUACAUAUAAAGGACUUAAAACAACGGUGGAUGUUGAAAUGCCAAUUAAAACAACGGUGGAUGUUGAAAUGCCAAUUAAUCCUUGGGCUCAAUAUGAUGAUAGUGAUUUUUCUCAUAAUGAUGAAGUUAUUAGUGAAGAGGAUGUAUAUAGAGAAGAAAAGGAGUUAAUUCUUUAUGAUAUGGAGAGACAUGAAAAUUUUCUUGAUGAAAAGAAAGAUUUGUUUGGAAAUUGCCUUGAUGACAAUACUGAGGAUAUUAGAUCAGUUUCGCCUUGUCUAAUAUCUCAAGAGAUAAAUUCAAGUGAUUCAUUAAUCAAGAAACAUACUCACAAAUCUGUUAACUCAUCAUUCAGUAAAAAUUUAUCUGGUCAUUUUGAAAGUUUUUUACCUGAAGAAAGCAGACCUGAAGAAAGCAGCAUACUAAAAUCAGCUAAAGUAAAAGAAACUGAGCUUGAAACGCAAGAAGCUUUUUUGAAUAGUGCUUUAUCUGUUUGUCAUGUGCUUGAAGAAAUACCUGAACAGCACCUUAGAAUGCUUCCUAAUCAAUAUUUUCAAAAGCUCAAUGCAGCUUUAAAAACAUGGAAGUUUGUUGGGUCAAAGCAAAAUAAACAUAUAAUGAAAGAUAAAAGUCAAGUAUUUAAAGGAAAAAAUGAAAGUUCUUCUAUCACUUCAAAGGUCAAUUAUGUAACUGAACCAGCAUCAGCAACUAAAACCAACUUAACUUCCAAAAAAAAUAUUUUGCCAGAUGUGAAUUUUAUGAAAAGGAUUAACAAGACAGAUUUUAACAUUAACAAGGCAGAUGUUAGCUUCACAUUAGAAAAAACUGCUAGCAGAGCAAAUGACUCUCAUCCUUUGAAAUCUCAAGUUACUAAAGUUUUGAAAGCGUCAUUUGGCUUACAUGCUUUUAGGCAGAAUCAGUUGGAUGCAAUACUAUCUGCUCUUGAUAAAAAAGAUUGUUUUGUGUUAAUGCCAACAGGUGGUGGGAAAAGUUUAUGCUAUCAAUUAACAGCUCUUCUUACUCCUGGUCUCACUGUUGUGGUUUCUCCUCUUCGAUCACUUAUUAUAGACCAAGUUCAAAAACUUAAAUCUCUUAAGAUAUCAGCAGCAUAUUUAUCAUCUGACGUUACAAAAGACGAGGAACAACAAGUUUACAUUGAUUUAGCGAAAAGAGAGCCAUCUUUAAAGCUUUUGUAUGUUACACCAGAGAAGUUGAGCAUUAGCUAUAAAUUGACUUCAUGUUUUAAAGGACUGUAUGACAGAAAAUUACUGGAUCGUUUUGUUAUAGAUGAAGCACAUUGUAUUAGCCAAUGGGGCCAUGAUUUUCGUCCUGAUUAUAAGAAGUUAAACAUGCUUCGAAGCAAUUACAAAAAUGUACCUGUAAUGGCAUUAACAGCAACUGCAACUCCAAGAGUUCAAAAAGAUAUUCUUAAUCAGCUAUGUAUGAAUAACCCUGAAAUCUUUAUCCAAAGUUUCAAUCGAGUUAAUUUGCAAUACUUUGUUGUUUCCAAAAGUAAAAAUACACUUAAUGACAUGGUGAAUAAAAUUAAAACAGAGUUUGAUAACAAGUCUGGCAUAAUAUAUUGUUUUGCAAGACGUGAUUGUGACUAUGUUGCAAAUUACUUAAUAUCAAGUGGCAUAACUGCAGCUGCUUACCAUGCAGGACUUAAUGAUAAUGAACGUAGUAAUGUUCAUGAAUCAUGGCUUAAAAAUAAAUUCAAAGUUGUUUGUGCUACAAUUGCAUUUGGCAUGGGAAUAGACAAGGCUGAUGUUCGCUUUGUAUUUCACUACACUAUUCCAAAAUCAGUUGAAGGUUAUUUUCAAGAGUCUGGCCGUGCAGGUAGAGAUGGUCUAAAAUCAGUCUGCAUUCUCUACUACCAAUAUUCUGAUAUGCAUCGAAUAAGAAGGUUGAUUGAGUCUGAUUCAGACGCUAACAAAGAGACACUUAAAGUACAUAUUGACAAUUUAUAUAGAGUUGUACAAUAUUGUGAAAAUAAAAUUGAUUGUCGGAGAGCACAACAGAUUCAAUACUUUGGUGAAAGAGAUUUUGAUUCAUCACAAUGUAAACAAAAUACAAGCACUACUUGUGAUAAUUGCUCUAAUAACACUCAGGUUCAAAAAGAAGACGUCAGUGAAGAUGCAAAAAUUAUUGUUCAAGGAGUUAAUAAAAUAGCACACAAUGGAAAUUUUAAUUAUCGAAAACCUUUAAGAGAACCAGCCAAUCAGCUUACUUUAAUUCAAUAUAUAGACAUUUUUUUGGGAAAAGCAAAUAUCAAAAGUAAGGCAUAUGAAAAUUGCUUAUUAUAUAAUAAAGGAGAAAGAUAUCAGCGCAAUGAUGCUGAGAGAUUAUUCCGCAGUCUUGUACUCAAUCGCAUACUUUCAGAGGAAUUAGUUAUUGGUAUUCAUAAGCAAGUGAUAUCUUAUACUAAGUUAGGUCCAAGAGCUAUAGAGGUGAUCAACGGAAAGUUCAAGGUUUUCCUUGAUGUUCAUCAAAAGAAGAAAACUGUCGUCAGCGAAGCUAAAAAGCGAAAAUCUAUGGAUGUGACUGAGUCAUAUGAACUUUUACAGUUAAAAGAAAAAUGCAUAGAGGAGUUAAUUGAAUUGAGAAUACAAAUUGCAAACCAUAAUAAUUUAUCAAACCCUGAGACUAUUUGUGGAACAAAUGUUUUGCAUGGUUUAGCUGAAAAUCUACCAUCAACUAUUGUAGAAAUGAUGGCAUGCAUUGGAGUUACAGAACAUUGGUUUCAGAUGUGGGGCGAUGAUUUUCUUGAUGUAACUAAAAAGUACAGUGAAAAGGCAAAUCUUAUAUCUAAAAGUAAAAACAAUGUUCCUAAAGAACUUGUAUCACCUUACUUUCAACCAAAUGAUGCUGGAGAUACAGGUGAUGAUGGGUUAUAUUAUGAUGACCAGCUGCCACCUGCUAAAACAUUUAAAAAAGGAAGAUUUAGAAAAGGUGCUCGAAUUAAAAGUAAAACAACUGGUCAAAAAAUGAAAAAAGCAAAUUAUAAAACUUUUAAAAAAAAGUCAAGCAAUAAUGGUUGGCCUCCAGCAUGGAAUGCAGAUUCUUCUACAUCAGCUGUAAAUAAACCCACCACUUUUUCUAAAAAGUUAGGUCUUAUGGCUCCACCUCAACUGAAAAAAGCUCGUUACAACUAGAAUGUUUUUUUAGCAUAUUUUUUUUAAUGAAGACAAAAUCUGUUUAAAAAAGUUUUUUGAAAAAACUACUUUUUUUAUAAA